GCAGAGAAGUUUGAGGUUCUUGGUCCAGCUGAUCCUGUAGUUGCUGUAGCUGGUGAAGAUGUAGUUCUGCCCUGUUACCUCAAACCCAACAUCAGUGCUGUUGACCUGCGUAUCGAGUGGCUCAGAGUUCAUAGCGAAGACCCACUUGUACAUCUUUACCGGGAUCAUGAGGACAGAAAUGAGAAUCAAGUUCUGUCCUACAAGGGAAGGACAUCACUUUUCCCUGAAGAACUGAAGAACGGAAACAUUUCAUUGAAAGUGAAAAAUGUGCGAGGAUCUGACAAUGGAGAGUAUAAAUGUUUUAUCCAGGCUGGGGAUUUGUAUGAUGAUUCUUCCAUUAAUGUUCAAAUUAAAGCUGUAGGAACCCAUCCAAUGAUCUCCAAUGAGGGAUAUAAAGAAGGAGGGAUCAGUCUGGUGUGUGAAUCUAAAGGCUGGUACCCUCAGCCUCAAGUGGUCUGGAUGGACAGUGAAGGACACAGUCUCCCUGCUGGACACACAGAGACACACAGAGACAGUAUGGACCUCUUCAUUGUAAGACGACGUGUUAUUGUUAACAAGACAGAGACAAACAGGUUCACCUGUCGAGUUCUACAGCAACAGUUAAAUGAAACAAAAGAGACAAUAACUAACAUCCCUGGUGAGAUGUUCCAUCGUGCCCAUCCCUGGAAGGUGACCUUUGCUGUGGUCUUCAGUCUGUCUGCUGUUUGUAUUAUUGGAUGCACAGUUUUGCUUUACUGUUUUGUAAAACUCCGUAGAAUGACAGGUCAGCUCAAAGAACAGCAUGGACUGAUCACCAGACAACUGACUCUAGUAAACAGGUUUGCGAGUGCUGAACUUCUGAAGGCACAAAGAUACGCAGUUGAUGUGACUCUGGACUCUGAUACAGCACAUCCUCAACUCGUCCUGUCUGAGAACAGGAAACAAGUGAGGAAUGGAGACACAAAGCAGGAUCUCCCUGACAACCCAGAGAGGUUUAAUUGGUGUCCCUGUGUCCUGGGGAAUGAGGGAGUUUCUUCAGGGAGACGUUACUGGGAGGUGCAGGUUGGGGACAAGACUGACUGGGUUUUAGGAGUGGCCAGAGAGUCCAUCAACAGGAAGGGAAAAAUUAAACUGAGUCCUAAUAAUGGUUACUGGACUAUCUGGCUGAGGGAUAGAAAGGAGUAUAAGGCUCUUGCUGAUUCCUAUGUGUCCAUCAACCUGAGUGUGAAGCCCCAGAAGGUGGGUGUGUAUGUGCACUAUGAGGAGGGUCAGGUCUCCUUUUACAGUGUGGAGGACAAGUCUCAUAUCUACACUUUCACUGGAUAUAAAUUCACUGAGAAACUCUUUCCAUUCCUCUGCUCAGGCUUCUCGUACUGCAGUGAGAACUCAGCCCCACUGAUAAUAUCUCUUGUCAGUGACACAGACUGAUGACAUUGAUUUUAGCUUUUAAUGUUCAAAUCAUGAUGUCA